AUGUCGAAACGGAAUUUGUCUUCCUCUCUUUUGAUCACACUAAUUUUCUCGAAUGCGUAUAUCCUACCGAUUGUACAGAAAUACAGAAAUGCAACCACACAAAGAGCGGAGUGUACCGAGUGUUCCGUUCGGAGUGGGAAAAGGCUCCUUGUGUACUGUGACAUGGUGACACAGGGCGGUGGAUGGCUGGUGUUCCAAAGACGACAAGAUGGCUCUGUUGACUUCUAUCGUAAUUUGCGGAAUUACACCGAUGGCUUUGGUAACCUCUAUGGGGAGUUCUGGUUGGGCCUGCAAAAGAUUCACCUCCUGACCUCUCAGGCGCACUUUGAACUCCUUGUGAAUAUGAGAAGCUACACCCUGGGAACGGGUUACGCUUCCUACAGCAGAUUCAGUGUGGCAAACGAGACUCACAACUUCCGACUCUUACUGGGGGCAUUCAAGGGGAAUGCCGGUGACUCUUUGGCUUACCACAACGGCUUGGAGUUUUCAACAUAUGACCGAGACAAAGACUACAACAACAAGGCGAACUGUGCAACGGCAUAUCAUGGGGCCUGGUGGUACAAUCGCUGUCAUCACACCAACCUGAAUGGGCUGUAUGUUCAUGUGAAGGAGAAGUCCCAGGAAAAUCCUUCAGUUAUCACGUGGUUCCAAUGGUCGUCUAAACAUCUCCCUCUUCAGUUCAGCGAGAUGAAGAUACGCCCGGUGAAAAUCCACUAA